CGCCGCUAGGGUUGCAGGGCCGCCGCCGCCGCGUCGCCCGACAGCCUCGCCUGACUCCGCCCCAGCCGCCGGCCUCGACGCCCGACGCCGCCUCGCCCGACUCCGCCCCAGCCGCCAGCCUCGACGCCCAACACGCCUCUCCCAACUCCGCCCCGGCCGCUAGCCUCGACUCCCGACGCCGCCUCGCCCGACUCGGCCCCCGCCGGUGACCUCGACGCCCGACGUCCGCCUCAGGUAUUCUCGGUCUCUCCAGCCGCCAGACACGAAGAAGUCCGUGACUCUGGCAGCGGUUGCCCACGGCCAAUAAGAAGGAAGCCGCGGCAGUUCCAGGGACAAGAAGAUGACAGCAGCCAAGACCAAGAGGCGCACGCCCGAUGGAACCGCCGGACGGAGGCCUCGGAAAAGGGCACGCGAUCUCCCUAGUCCCAGCCACGGUGAUCUCAUCAGCGACCUUCCCGAUGCCAUCCUAGGGAGCAUCAUCUCCCUCCUCCCAACCAAGGACGGCGCCCGCACGCAAGCUAUCUCCCGGAGAUGGUGUCCGCUCUGGCGAUCCGCGCCUCUCAACCUGGACGCCCACGACAUCUGCCUCAACAAGUUCAAGCUCUCCUCCAUCGUCUCCAGCAUCCUCCGUGAUCACCCAGGCCCGGCCCGCCGCUUCUCGUUCAACCACAUUCGCCUGCACAAACCGAAGAAAAAGUUGGCUGAGGACGCUGCCCAGAUCGAGAGCUGGUUCUUCUCCUCAUGCCUCCGCAACCUUCAGGAACUUGACAUCAGCUUCGAGUUCUGGGGUGGUUUACAUGCGUCAGUGGACCACUACCAGCUGCCAUUACCAUCCAUGAUCCGCUUGGCGCCGACUCUUCUCGUGGCCCGGAUCGGCAUGUGCAAACUCCCAAGUGACAUUGCAGCGCCUUCUCUGAAUUUCCCCCUCCUCCGGAAACUCACUCUGUGGCUUGUUUCAAUCUCGGAGGAAGCCAUGGACGUGUUGCUCUCUGCCUGCCAUGUUUUGGAGGCGCUGUUUCUGCAGGACAUUCAUGAUGUGGGUUGCCUCCACAUUAGCUCGCCAACUCUUAGGAUCAUAAGCUUCAGCGCUACCCUCCUUGGCAGAGAAGAAUUGGUCGUUGACGACGUACCUCGCCUUGAAAGGCUUCUUUGCCAAGGUGUAGACGGUGAGACUAUUCAAGUAAACAAGGCGCCUAAACUGAAGGUAUUGGGGCCUUUGUCACCACACGUCUCCAAAAUCAAGAUUGCAAACCUAGUCUUCCAGGGAAGGAUCCGGCCCAGCUUAGGCCAUUCGAUAUGCACCAUGAACAUUUUGGCUCUCAAGUUUUCUGGUCCUGAUUUGAACGCGGUUCUCGGUGUUCUCAACUGCUUCCCCUGCUUGGAAAAGCUCUAUGUCAUUUGGGACAAAUAUUUGAAGGCAAAGAUGAAAAACUUGUAUCAGUAUGACCCACUAAAUCCAGUCAAAUGCCUUGAGAGCCAUCUCAAAGUACUCGUGUUGAAGAAUUACACAGGUGGCGAGGAAGAAGUUGGAUUUGCCAAGUUUUUUGUUUUGAAUGCGAGGGUGGUGAAGGAAAUCAACUUUGCAGUGUGUGACACGAUUGCCAUCGACAAGAAUUGGAUGACUGAUCAACUCAGGCUGCUACAAGUGGAAGCUAGAGCUUCCCCGGACGCUCGGCUGAAAUUCAGAAGCGGUUACUCUCGCUGGCAGACCAAUUAUGUCAACUCAAGUGACUUGUCAAUUGCCGACCCUUUCAGCUGAUGUUUUGCAAAUGGGGUCGAUCCUCUUUCCAGGGAACCGUAUAGUAUAUAUGUGCUCUGUCAAUGGCCUAUCCUAGUGAUGGCUUCCUUUAUAGAUUACGUUGAUAGCUGAAGAUUGUGUGUGUCUUCUUUGCAAAUGGGAUAGCUUCAUGCUUGUGUUGAGGAUUGAAUUAUCUCUCCUUUUUUUGCACAUAAGUAUGUGAUUUUCUAAUUGUGAUGA